AUGGGAGUAGCGACACUUUUUACCAAAGCUGACGUUUUAAAUUCCCACAACAUCAAAAAGCAAAAAGAAACCAAACGUCCUGCCUUUGAAGGUGAUAAUGAUAGAUCGAUUGUGGCGGCAAUUAAAAAAACAAAACAACAAGCAUCCAACGACUUUGAGUAUUACAAGACAUACAAAGAAACAGAUUUCACUAAUGAACAGAAUUUUAGUUCAAUAAUUUAUCAGAUAAUGCUAGUUCUAUUGCCCUAUUUUGUUUUUAAAAUAACCUCAGGAUUAUUAGAUUUUGAAUCAAUAUUAUUAUACUUUCUAGUCUCCACAAAAAAAGGCAAAGAUUUAUUAGCACAAGCCAAUCUAUAUAGUACUGAGGGUGUUUCUUGGUGUGAAGCAAUAGUAUUUAAAGCAAUUUGUAAUGCAGAUAUAAGUAUAGGGAGUUAUGGUAGAUUUAUUGGUUGUUUAGAAGAAUCUAGUAAAUCAGACACAUCCAGAAAUAAGAAAAAGGCAAGACAUUUUUUACCAUCACUCUCUACAAUAACAAAAUAUUCAAGUAGUUUACAUCAAGUAUUAGAUAUCAAUCAUGCUGCAGAUAGCGAAGGACUUUAUUGGAGAAUAUUUUGUUCAUCCAUAGAACUUAAUGACAGGACAUUCAGAUAUGCAACGCUUCAAAAUGCAGAAUUGUUUUUAUUCUCAUUUAUUCGCUACCAUGAAAUGAUCAUAGGAGAAUAUAUCUUCUUUGUAAAGAUAAGAUGUACUGUUGAUGGUUCACCUUUAGAGGGAGCCUGUACUGCGUAUGAUAUUGUAUUAAUUCAUCCCAAGAUAGAUCCAUUUUGUGCUCGUAAUUAUAUUUCUGUUAUUAUUGCCGAGCCUAAAGAGGAAAUAGCGUUCAAAUUAAACAUCUGGGAUUUCUCUCGCCAGUUAAUGCGUAUCACACAGUUGAAAUACUCUGUACCUAAUGAAGAAACAAGAAUUAUUCCUGUAAAAUUUAUUACCAACCCUGAUAAGGGCGCCUUUAACAAAAUUAUAGAUGUGGAAAAGGUAACGCCAAUUUGUGAUCCUAUUUUUAAUUUGGUAAAUCUUUAUUGCCUAUUAUCAAUGAUUUUCAAUACAGAUAAUUCCUUAAUACUACCUCUAAUUCCAACAAUAAGAGGAGAUUGUAAUAAUGAUAGCAACAAAGCAAAAGGACAAGCAAAUCUAGCAAAGGUUAUGGAAAUUAAAAAGAUUAUGCCUGAAACGUUACCUUAUUACCACAACAUUCCAACAAAAUCCCAAAUAUUUACUGAUUUUCAAUUAGAUGAAGAUUCUAUUUUUUUAAUUGAAAAAUUUAUCAUUAAGAAACCUCAAACAGAUUAUUUAUGUUGUAUGUUUUGUUAUUUAACUAAACAAACAAAAAGAAUAGCAUUGAAGUAUCCUGAUUUGUGUACAUGGAAAUGGUACAGAUCAAACGAAAGCUCAAGUAAUGCUUUAGGCUGGCCUUUUAAAAGUUUUUCAUGGUGUCUUUCGCAUGAUAUAAGAGCCUGUGGUCAGAAUCUUAUUGAAGAAGAGGUGGGACAAAUUGAAGAAGAUAGACAAUAUUUUGCCAAAUUAUUCAGUUCUGAAUCUCCAAUUGCCUCUUUGAAAUGUGGUUCUAAAAAGCUAAUUAAUGAACAACUAGAUGCCAACCUUGUUUCUGAAUUUGAGUUUUGUCAAUGGAGUGUAUUUGAAUUAAAGGUGAAAGAAGAAAAAAAGAAAAACAAAACAGGAACAGAGCUACGAACUAGUUCAGUUAAACUAAUCUAUGAUCAGAUUUUGUUUAAACAAAUAGACAAAAUUAUAAUGACAAUAGAUGUUUGGUAUCCUCAUUGGCUCACAUAUCGAGAAAACAAACAAUUACAGGUUUGUCAAUCCCUUAACAAUAAUCAAUCAUUUGAAGAUUGUACAAAUGAAGAACACUCCAAGCGAGGAACAUACAAACCAAAAAACUAUGAACAUAUAUGGAAAGCUCUUCAAAAAACAUACAUUACUCUUCGCCAACCAAAAUCUAAAUGGUUAGAAUGGAAGAAAACUGGAUAUCAAGAGCCAUUGCUAAUAUUUAAGAAUUUAAAUAAGGUUUGGAUAAAAGAUAUUUUAGGAAGAAUAUCAGAAUAUUUACACAUUCAUCAACAUGCAGAUAUUGUGUUCGAUGAAGUAGAAGAAUCAUUCGUAACAACAUCAAACAUUGGAUCUGAAUCUAAAAAUUCUUUAAGAAGGAAGCGUCAUGUUUCAUUUGGAGUUAAUGGUGGUUUAAGACAUCCUUGUGAUGAUUCUUUAUAUUAUGACAGCAAAAGAAUUCUUAAUGAAUUGAAGAUCCUUGCUGAGACUCCUAAUAUUAUUGCAAGACAAGAUGAGAUCAAAAGAAAACAAGUUUCCGAAAAAGAAAAACUCACACAACCAAAAAAGAAAAGAAAAUCUGAAACUACUACACAACCCAAUCCAAUAAGCUCAACCAAUUCCUCAAUUAAUUAUAUCAAUCCUUCCCUAUUACAACCUCUACUUCCAGAUAAUUUUAAUUCAAUUACAUUACACAAUCAACACUCCUUCUCACCUCCUAUAUAUAUUCAUCCUCUUCAACUCCAACCUCCACUAACUAACAAUUUAACAUUUUCUCAAUUCAAUCCUUCUCAAAAUUCCAAUAACCAACCAACAUCUCCUUACCAACCAUCAUCUCCAUUUUCAUUCUUUUCAUCCUCCAAUCCAUCACCAAACUCCUUUUUAUAA